GCUGAGGCAGUCUACAGUAAAUACUCAUGCUGUAAUGUUACUGCUUCAAUGAGAUUUACCUCCAUCAUACCAGUUCUGUUUAUUCAAAUAAUAGAAGUGAUGUGAAUUGUUUCAGCAAUAAAGUGUUUAAAAUUAUAACCUGUUAACCUUGUAGUGAAUUUUUAUAGCUUGAAUAAAAACACCAAACCAAGAUGAGUUAUCAUCAUGGACGGGGUAAUGAUAAGAAACCCAGAGGCUUUGGUUUCUCUGGAUUUCAAAUAUCUUCUACUCCUCAACGAGGGGUUGCUAUACCACCACCAACUAUUAAACCUGGCAUUAGCAAGCAAGGAUACCACACGAUGAAUGCAAUAUCUGAAAAUGCUCUUUCUAUCAAUUGGAAUGCUGCAACUAAACCAAGAAAAACAGAAGAAGAAUAUUUUGAUGAAGAUGAUGAACCUUCUGCUAGUCUUGAAUAUAUUCCAGCGCCAGGUUCCCCAUCAUAUGAUAAACAUAAGAAAAAGAAAGAAGAGAGCGACAGUGAAGAAGACCCUUUGGACGCUUUUAUGGCUGGUAUUAAUGAAGAGAUAAAAAAAAGUAAAACUACAGAAGGAGAAGAACGCAAAGAAGAAAAAAUGAAAGGAGUAAGAACUGAUAUUGAUACUGAAGAUAAUGAAGAAAGUUACUACAGGUAUAUGGAAGAAAAUCCAAAUGCUGGAUUGCAAGGUGAAGAUUCUGAUCAAGAGAUAGAGUAUGAUGAGGAUGGAAAUCCUAUUGCUCCUCCUAAAAAGAAAGAGAUUGAUCCUUUGCCUCCAAUCGACCAUAGUUUAAUUUCUUAUGAACCUUUUGAAAAAAACUUUUACAUUGUGCAUGAAGAAAUUUCUCAGUUAAAUAGACAACAAGUUGAUGAUCUCAAAAAAACAUUGGGUAUCAAAGUUACUGGUGCUAUGCCACCUAAUCCUGUCACCAGUUUUGGACAUUUUGGUUUUGAUGAUUCAUUGAUAAAAUCAAUUAGAAAACAUGAAUAUACGCAACCUACGCCUAUUCAAGCACAAGCUAUUCCUACAGCAAUGAGUGGUCGUGAUUUAAUAGGUAUUGCUAAAACAGGUAGUGGUAAAACAGCGGCUUUUAUUUGGCCAAUGCUUAUACACAUAAUGGAUCAAAAAGAAUUAGAGGAAGGAGAUGGCCCAAUAGGAUUAAUUUUAGCUCCAACAAGAGAGUUAUCACAACAAAUUUAUCAAGAAGCAAAAAAAUUUGGAAAAGUUUACAACAUAAGAGUAGUUUGUUGCUAUGGAGGAGGUAGUAAAUGGGAACAAAGUAAAGCCUUAGAAGGGGGAGCUGAAAUCGUUGUUGCUACUCCUGGAAGAUUAAUUGACUUGGUAAAAAUGAAAGCUACAAAUUUAACAAGAGUUACAUUUUUAGUCUUGGAUGAAGCUGAUAGAAUGUUUGACAUGGGUUUUGAACCUCAAGUCAGAUCUAUUUGUAAUCAUGUUCGACCAGAUAGACAAACUUUAUUGUUUAGUGCUACUUUUAAACGUAGAAUUGAAAAACUAGCUAGAGAUAUUCUGACAGAUCCGAUAAGAAUUGUACAAGGUGAUGUUGGUGAAGCAAAUACAGAUGUAACCCAAAAUGUUCUUGUAUUUUAUAAUAAUUUACUAGGCAAAUGGAACUGGUUGAAUCACAAUUUAGUAGAAUAUUUAAGUUCUGGUAGUGUUCUUAUAUUUGUUACAAAAAAGCUUAAUGCUGAAGAAUUGGCAAACAAUUUGAAAUUGAAAGAGUUUGAUGUACUCCUACUUCAUGGUGAUAUGGAUCAAAUAGAAAGAAACAAAGUUAUUACAGCUUUUAAAAGAAAAGAAGUCAAUAUAUUAGUAGCUACAGAUGUAGCAGCUCGUGGUUUGGAUAUUCCUCACAUAAGAACUGUGAUCAAUUACGAUAUUGCUAGAGAUAUCGAUACGCACACACAUAGAAUUGGUAGAACGGGUCGUGCUGGAGAAAAAGGCACUGCUUAUACACUUGUCACUGAAAAAGACAAAGAAUUUGCUGGACAUUUAGUAAGAAACUUAGAAGGAGCAAACCAAGAAGUACCAAAAAGUCUAAUGGACUUGGCAUUGCAAAGCAGUUGGUUUAGAAAAUCAAGAUUUAAGAGUGGCAAAGGAAAACAGGUCAAUGUCGGCGGGGCAGGCUUUGGUUUUAGGGCUAAAAGUUCAAAUUCAAAUUACGACAAUUAUCAAUCCAGCAGUUCGGCUUCGACGUCGGAACCUUAUAGACCAAAAGAACUUGCUGAAGUGGUAAAAAAAAUAGAACGUUCUUCUGGACCGUGCAGUGACAGGCUUUCUGCUAUGAAAGCUGCUUAUCGUAGUCAGUAUAAUUCUCAGUUUCGUGCAUCUUCCGAUCAUACUUGGGAACAAACGAUAACACCUCCAUCUGUUAUAAUGCCUCCACCUCCACCGCCUCCAACGGGAUCAAUGACAUCAGAUAAUAAACCCCAAUGGGGAGCUAUGCCACCUCCACCACCAUCUUCAAGUAAUGAAAGUAAAGACAGUGAUGAAGGACCUAGACAAGAAAGAAAAAGAGCGAGAAAAAGUCGUUGGGAAUAAUGAUAAAAUUGUACUAUAAUGACAUCGGUGAAUUCAUAACAUAUUUGUUUUCAAAAAGAGUGAUUAACUGAAGAACAAUUAUAAUUUAAAUUCCUUCAUUAAUUUUAAUUUAAAAGUUUGUCCAUAAAAGCUUCAGCAAUUUUGUGAAAGUAAAUUUUACGUAAAAACUGAAGCAGCUAAUUGUAUAUUGAACUUACACUUUGUGUUUGAUUUGAUGUUAAUUUUUUUUAAUUCCAGAUUUCGUAAAUGUGUACAUUUGAUAAAAAAUUGAUUCGUAUUUAUUUAUUGUAAAUAGUUUUUGAGAAUCAUUGAAGGAAUUCUACACGCUUAUAAAAUCCUUAAUUUGUAAAAGAUUAUCAAAUUCGAAUUCAUUAAAAUGUAUGUACAUUAGUUGAUUAAUUAAACUUUUUACAGUAAAA